UGCUUUGUCAAAAAAAAAAAAAGAACACAAAUCUACCCACCACGACUCAAAAACACAUUAGCUACCUACCGUUUCUUCUCUCCCUUGACCAAGAUCCUUUGAUGGCAGCAACAGCUAUUUCCCAUCUUCAUGGAAAGCUAUCAAGCAAAGUUUGUUCACCUCCCAUUUCAAAUCCAAGCCGCUCAUUCUAUCGCCCCAUAGUUUCUACUAGUAUGGAGCAGCAAAACAAAUCAUAUUGGGCUGCCGUUGAGACCCAAAUCGAUUCUCAUCUCAAGAAGUCCAUAACCAUCCGGCCUCCAACCUCUGUUUUCGAGCCCAUGCAUCACCUCACAUUUUCUGCUUCCAAGAGUACGGCCCCGCCGUUGUGCAUCGCGGCGUGCGAGCUCGUCGGCGGCUCACCAGACGAUGCUGUCACGGCGGCGUCGGCCAUUCAUCUCAUGCAUGCCGCCGCUUUCACCCACCAGCAUCUCCCAUUAACUGACGGGCCUAUGCAGGUGGGAUCCACCGUCGAACAUGUAAUGAAGCCCAACAUAGAGCUUCUUACACCCGAUGGCAUGGUGCCUUUCGGGUUCGAGCUAUUGGGCCUGUCUGAACAGGCACAGAACAAUUCCGACAGGAUCCUGCGCGUCAUCAUAGAGAUUUCACGCGCUGUCGGAUCCCAGGGGAUCGUGGAUGGGAUGUAUCAGGAGCUGGUGUACGCGAAAGGCGAGGGCGAGGAUGAACAGAUGGUGGAGUACGUGUGUGAGAAGAAGGAAGGUGAGUUACACGCGUGUGCGGGAGCGUGUGGAGCCAUACUGGGCGGUGGGAGUGAAGAAGAGAUAGAGAAAUUGAGGAAAUACGGACUUUAUGUUGGGAUGAUACAAGGAAUGGUUAAUGGAGUUGGGAAAAAGCUUGGGAGCAGAUUAGAAAUUGCCAACAAAUGGAGAGGCUUGGCUAUCAAAGAAUUGGAAGCAUUUCAUGGCAGAAAUGUACACCAGAUUUCAUCACUUCUGGAGAUGGACUAGGCGUCGUAUUGUUUGGCUUCAACUUCAACCAUGUAGAAGGUCAAUAAGAGGACAAUAAACAAUGAAUCACUACAAGUUUUUUUGGUUUCAAAAAAACUUGUCCUCCUACAAUGAAUUAUUUCUAAAUUUUCAUCUCGGGAUAAGAAAUAUUUUCAAAUUUGUUUCUUAA